AUGUCCGUGAGACUCCUGGUCUGCGCCGUGCUGCUGGCGUACCGCGGACUGCCAACCUGCAGCGGAUUUAACAUAGACGAACAAUUCCCUGUGAUCAAAGAGGGCAAAACCAAGGGCAGCUUCUUCGGAUUCUCCGUUGCUCUGCACGAACAGCCGACGGGCUCCAGGCAGUACCUGCUUCUUGUUGGAGCACCUAAAGAGAAAGCUAAUUCUCUGAAAAAUGUCAACGAAACAGGUGCCGUUUAUUCCUGUCCUAUCAACACAGACUCCACAGACUGCUCCAGGAUGGAUCUGGUCAGCAAAACUAGUGACUCAGAGAUUGUGGAGGGCAUGUGGCUGGGCGUGACGGUGGCCAGUCAGAGGGACCAGGGGGCAGGACGCGUUCUGGCAUGUGGGCAUCGCUACGUGAAGAUCGACAAGGGCCAGCGGCGGAUGAUAGGAAGGUGUUACGUAAGGGGCAACGAUCUGAGCUAUGACCCCAAUGAUACCUGGCAGGCCGACGCUUACGAGAAAUGCAAUCCCGCCAACGACUUCACUGUUGACGGAAUGUGCAACAUGGGCAUCUCAGGGGGCAUGACGGACACCGAUGUCUACAUGGGAACUCCAGGCAGCUUCUCGUGGCAAGGAAAUGUUAAAGUCAUCUGGAGAAAUCCUGAUCCGGCGGAAUUCUGGGACCUUGACGAAAGACAGUUUGAACAGCUGAACAAUCGAAACAUCUACAUGGGUUAUUCAGUGCUGGAGGAGCAGAAGCUGCUGAGUUCUGAUGAGUACACAGUUGUGACGGGGGCCCCUAGGGACCAAUCCAAGGGUUCUGUGAUGCUAGGGAAACUGAAUCAGAAGAUAAUCGAUCGUGUGCAAGUUAUUCCGGGAGAGCAAGUGGGCUCACACUUUGGCAAUACACUGGCAGCCACUGACCUCAACAACGACGAUUGGAAUGACCUGAUUGUGGGCGCUCCAUUUUACUUCGACCGGUUGAAGGACCAGGGAGGAGCAGUGUACAUUUUCAUGAAUGAGAACGGAUCUUUCCAGAAUACUGCCUCUGUGGUGCUGAAGGGUCCAUAUGAAUCUGGUUUCGGCAUUGCAGUUGCUGCCAUCGGGGAUGUCAACCAAGAUGGAUUCCAAGAUAUCGCCAUUGGGGCACCAUUCCACGGAACAGGAAAAGUCUAUAUAUGGAUGGGAAGCAAAAAGGGAAUAUCUGAAAAGUACAGUCAGGUGAUAGAGGGUAAGUCUGUCGGCAGUGGCAACUUUCAAAGGUUCGGCUACUCCAUCAACGGAGGGGUGGACACAGAUGGCAACAGCUACCCGGACAUUUUAGUUGGAUCUCUUGAUGACCGCAUAGCCCUGCUCAGAGCUCGGCCGGUCAUCCAUAUAACCAAAAACUUAACUGCUGAGCCCAGCAUUGUGGAUCCUAACGAGUGUGAUGGAAAUAAACCCUGCAUUACAGUUACUGUGUGCAUGUCUUUUACUCUAAGCAAUGGCAACAAGGACUUCAAGAAAAAUAUUGUAAUGGAUUACACAGUGGAAGCCGACAUGGAGAGACGAAGAAGCCCUCGUGUUCGUUUCGAGGAUAACACUGAUUCCUAUUCUGGAUCCUUGAGCCUGCCGGCUUCCAAAUCUGUCUGUUCUCAACUCAAAUUGAAUGUUGUGAAACCUUUGAGGGAUAAACUGGAGCCGGUGGUCUUUUCCCUCAACAUGUCAAUACAUCAACAAAAGCCCAAAGCCAGACGCUCCCCCCAGAACUUGGACUUCUUCCCAAUUCUGAGCCAGGAGCAGAAACUCACCCAAAGAACUGAGAUUAACUUUCAGAAGGAGUGUGGCCAGGACAACAAAUGCACCAGCAACCUGCAGCUGACCGCCCAGUUCGCUGAUCAAAAAGACAAUCCUUACCCCAGGCAGGGCAGUUUGCAGGUUCUCCCCUUCAACAGCUAUUUGAAGACAAUAAAGCUUCUAGUGGAAGUGACCAACUUUCCUUCUCCAGCGAUACGUGCUGAGGACGCCCACCAGGCCAUCCUCAACAUCACCAUCCCCAAAGCGCUCAAGUACUCUGGUUACAGAUCUCAGAACACGGAUGUAGAAUGCACCCUUUCUGACACAGUCAUUUGUGAGCUGGGAAAUCCAGUCAGAGCCAACACAAAAGUGUCUUUGAAGAUAAAAUUUGAGACAUCGGGCAUCGACCUGUUCACAAAAGAGAUCGAGUCUGAGCUGCUUCUGUCAACACUAAGUGAGCAGAAGGACCUCAGGCCUGUGGCGGUGGGCUUGCUGGUUGAAACCACCAUCCUUCCAUCGUUCUCCAUUUCGCGGCAGCUGGUGCGAACAAAGUUUGGUGGGACGGUGAUGGGCGAGUCUGCCAUGGUCAACGGCAGCGAUGUGGGCAGCCCGGUGGAGUUCACCUUCAACGUGGACAUGAGAAGACAGCCACUGGGAGACCUGGGCAGCCUGGCGGUGGAGUUUGAGUGGCCCUCUGAGGUGGCCAACGGCAAGUGGCUGCUAUACCUGACCAAGAUCGUUGUGAAGGGGGACUCAGAAAUGGAAUGUAACCCUCCUGGAGAGAUUGUCAACGCCCUUAAUCUAAGUCUGUCAGAGAGCAGCUUCAAGCGUGUAAAACGGCAGGCUUUAGAGGAGGAACCUGAAGAAACGAGUCACAUAAUCGAGCCACAGGCAGCCAUCACUAUCCUCACACCUCGCAAAGAGUCCUACCUCUUGGAAUGCUCCAAGGGGACAGCUAGAUGUGUCACGUUUACCUGUCCUCUGCUCAACCUGUCCAAUUCGGCGGAGAUCCAUGUGCAGUCCCGCCUGUGGAACAGUACGAUGCUUGAGGACUAUUCCAACGCGCUGAGGGUUACGGUUAAAGGUCAAGCAACGCUAAAGCUCAUUACAGAUAAAUCAUCCAUAAAGAUGGAGAGUCAAACCACAACGUUCACAGUGGAAAUAGACCCAGAAGCAGGGGUGGAGACACCUUACGAGCUGCCCCUGUGGAUCAUCAUUUCAGCGGCGGUGGCGGGAAUUCUGCUACUUGGAAUUAUUAUUGUUAUACUCUGGAAGUGUGGCUUCUUCCAGAGGGCCAGCAGGAGGGAGAUCACAUACCUUUGUGGCUUUUGGCGCGGAUUCUUCAAGCGAGCCGUCUACUACCGGAUAAUGCCGAAGCACCAGGGGGUGAGAAUCCGCAGGGCCGAGCGCUAUCAGUUCAAUCUGGGAUUUCAGCCCGAGGAGCCACAGAAGAAGUACUGGAUCACCAGCUGGAGAGAGAUGCAGCACUACUACUGAAACUUUUGCUUUUACCUUGAGACCACUCGCGACCACAGGGGCCGAGCAGAACACUUUUGGACUUUGCGGAGACAUGGACCGGCUGUGGAUGAUGUGGUACCUUUCUUAAAUUUUUGUAGACUUUCUCAAAUUUUGUUUGUGCAAUAUCCUGAAAGAGAUUGUAUUUUUGAUGGAUGCAGUAUUGUACAUUGGAGGCUGGGUUGCAUUCAAGAGUAAAUUGUGAAUUGUUUUAUUAAGUUGUAGGUAUUCGUGGACUAAAUAUUGUGUCUGCAUUCAUUUUUCAACUCUCUCCAUUUUGGGAAUUGCUUUUCAUUGCCUUUCCUGCCCAAUGUCUUCCAAAGUUGGCAUGUUUUUUCUUUCUCUAUGUGAUUUCACAUUAUUUCUGUGGUGAUUAUUGGUUUCCUGGUUAGAGUAUGUUGACUCUGUUACCAGAGAAGAAGCAUCUUUAUUGGAAUGUGCUUGUCAGUGUUGGAUAGGCAUUGCACAGAACCAGUAAUCCAAACAAAGGGAUAUUUCAGUCUUGGCAGGCUCCAUGAUAAGAUUUAUGACCAUUUAAAAAGCCACAUCAGAUGUGUGACAAGUUGGAA